AACGGCUAGACCCAAAAUUUAGAGAUUAAACAAGAAGAAAGCAUUGCUCCUAUUUGUCUCUGAUGGACUACUCCAAUCAAAACUAUGCUUAAGAGAAUUAAGUUUGUUUUAUCCGUUGAACACUUCAAGAGUUAAGAUAAGCUCUAACUAUCACCACUAUUAGGUCAAACACGAUAAUUAAAUCAUACAUUAACUUAACCCACGCUCAGUAGACACCAAACCAAUUUUAAUAGAUAUAAACUAUCGAUCCACUUAAGACUCUCUCUCUAAGCCAGAAUCAAAUCUCAAAUUUCUUGCCUAUGAGUUUUUUAUGCUAAAGAGACAAUAGAAUAAUGGCUAAAGAUUUACGUCUCAAGAUUAGAAGAAUAAUUGAACAAUUCAUAAAUAAGAAUCACGCAUUAAUUAAACCAUAAAAGUCAAAGUAUUAAAUAAUUCACCCUAUUAUAUAUUUGGAGCAACGUGAUCUAGCAAAACAUACUAAAAUGAAUUAUAUCUAAAGAACCAUGAAUUCCAUGGUGUCCUCCAACUCUAGAUGGUGAGUGUGUUAAAACUCUUAAAUUUUGUCCCAUAUCGAUUUGGUGAUGAUCCUAGCUCAUCUAUAUAAUUAUGGAUAACCAUCUCCCUUAUAUGGCCUUUUAAGGAUUGAGUGACUCAUUUCAAAUAUGGUAUCAGAGCGAGACCAAGUUGAUGAAGAUUUUAUCUUUUUAUCUCUUCUCUUGCCUACCCUUGUUAUGAAACUGACCCACACGUGAGGGAGUGUGUUAAAACUCUUGAAUCGAGGGAGCAUGUUAAAACUCUUGAAUCUUGUCCCACAUCGACUUGGUGAUGAUCCUAGCUCAUCUAUAUAAGUAUGAAUAAUUCUUCCCCAUUUAAUAUUUUUUAAGAGGUAAGUGACUCAUUUCUAAUAGUGUGUUUAAAGGGUGAUGUAAAUAAAAUUGGAUUGAAUAAGUUAAUGAAAUAUGAGUCAUACUUAUAUGUAUUAGUUUUAUAAUAAAAUAUGAGUGAAAUAAGUUGGUGAAAUGUGGGGCCUACUUACCAUUUAUGGUAAACAUUAAAUAUGACACUUAUUGUGGGACGGACCAAAUUAGCAAAAUAUGACUCUUAUUGUGAGACGUAGGGAAUAGUGAAAAUAGUAUUAGCACUUGAUAAUUAUUUUGGACAAACAUAAAAUGUAAAAGUACAUCCAAAUCAGAUUUGUACAGAAGUGUCCCUUCAUGCAUUCUGUGUUGUGGUGUAUUACAAAAUCUUCUAGAAGGCAUGCAUAUAACUUAUAUAUUACAGAGUACCAAAAAAACAACAAAUUUCAGAGUAAGAUAUACUGAAAAUAUCAUAUGAAUGGCAGAAAGAAAGAGAAGAGCAGAAUGUGAAUAUGGAGAAGCUGCAGAAGGAACUCAUUAUGAGGAAGUGGAAUCUUGUUACAAGCAUGGUUUUGAAUAUGUGGAUGAGCACAGGGUGAAAACUGAAUCUGCCCCUCUGCUCAGAGCUAUCUUCAAGAAAUACGGCGACAUAACUAGUGGCAACGAUGUCAAAUCAUCCGAUCUUCUGUCCAUCUUCCUGGAGAGAAUCUGCCAUGUCUACCAAAGGCUUGAGCAGGCCGAGCGCCUUGAUCUCUCGCGUGUAGAGCUUCAAGGCAUGAUCUCCGAGCUCCGCCUUUGCAAGAUGCAUAAACUGAAUGUGGGAUGGAUUCUUGAGAGGGUGGAGUAUAAACUUAUUGAGUUGAUGGACAAGGAGUUGGGGGCUUAUGAAACACAAUUUUGCUCUUUACUGAAGGAAAUCUCAUCAAUCAAAGCAGAAUUAUUAGUGAUGAAGCAAGAGGUUGCUGCUGCUAAUGUGAUUGAUCUUGAGGAGGAGCAGGUUGGAGCAAGAGAAGAAGAAGAUAGCGGUGAGGUUGGAUCUUCCAUGAGACGAUCCACGAGACUAAGGAAGCAGCCGGGCUGGCACAAGGCGUUUUACUUGUUAGAUAGUGUAGACUUAUGGUAG